AGCAUCUACGAGACAGAUAAACCGGUUCUGAAUGUUCAAAUUUCUUGAAGCCGUUGAGGUAAACCGUAAACAUUGCAUCGCCUUCUAAUUUCUUCUACAAACUGACUUGGUCACGCAGCCCAUGCAAUGGGCCAUUGACUUUUGAAGGCCAAUUCAGUUUUGUUGGAGAGAACCUGCCCCAGAUUCCCGAUCCAGCAAGAGCAAAGCCAUUUCGUUCCUCCACGCCGCCGACGACCGGGCAGGAAAUGGACUCGCCGGCGGUUACCGACGACCUCCUGGCGGAGAUCUUCCUCCGCCUGCCCACCGCAGCAGAUCUCGUCCGCGCCUCCGCCGCCUGCGUCUCCUUCCGCCGGCUCGUCACCAGCCGCUCCUUCCUCCGGCUCUUCCGCUCCCUCCACUCCCCUCCCUUCCUCGGCUUCCUCAACCACAACGGCUUCCACCCCGCCCUUCCGCCCCACCCCUCCGCACCCGCCGCCCGCGAUGUCUCCCUCGCCGCCGACUUCUCCUUCUCAUUCCUCCCCUUCCACGACACCUGGAUCGUGCGGGACGUCCGCGAUGGUCGCGUCCUCCUCGACCGCGUCCCCAAGGACGGCGCCGGCAAGGAGUCCCCGGUGUUCACGGAGCUCGCGGUGUGCGACCCCUUGCACCGGCGGUGCCUCCUGCUUCCCCAAAUCCCCCACGACCUAACCGCUGCGGUGGAGCAUCCGCUCCGCGUGGAAUUCGAGCGCUGGUGCGAGCCCUUCCUGGUUCCUCCCGGCGCCAGCGAGGAGGAGACGGAGGAGACGUCGUUCGGAGUGAUCUGGAUGGCACAGUGCAAAACAAAGCUGGUGGCCUUCCUCUUCUCUUCGAGCAUCGGAGAAUGGCGAGCCAUCGCCUCCCAGGGUUGGGACGAUUUGCUACUGGGCACGGGUGUGUCCACGAUGUCGUCACGAAGCCCUGUGUUCUUCGGUCGCCAGUAUGCUUGCGGCUACUUCUACUGGGUGAUGGAUUGGAGGGAAAAAUUGCUCGUGCUUGACACAGUUAAGGAGGAGUUCUCCAUUAUCAGCCUCCCACCUGACUACCGCAGGCCACCGAUCGCCAUUGUGGAUGCAGGGGAAGGCAGACCUGGGAUGAUUGCUCUCCGUGAAAACAUCGCAGAUGGCACAUCUGAACUCUAUUAUACCAUUAGGCAAAACGAAGGUGAGACUCCCAACCAUUGGCAGAUGGAGAAGAUAAUUCCAUUGGAUUCUGGGUACCGGUACUACAUAAGAGGUGCGACAGAGAGGUACUUGCUCCUGCUAAGGUCAGAAGAUGAGCCCAUAAGCUCAUCGCUGGAAAUGCCAGACUUGGAGUGCUUCUCACUGGACAUCAAGACGUUGCAGCUUGAGAGGGUAUGCAGGUUGAAGCAUCACAUCCUGAGUGCGCACAUAUAUACCAACUUCCCGCCCUCGCUGUCAUCACAGACAUUAUGAAGUGGAUUCAGUGGAGUUGUGUUCACCAGUCAGAGCAACCAUUUAAGUCCAGAAACUGAAAGUGAUUGCUGUGAUCUUGCUCUAUGAGCCGUUCUCUGUUAGAUUGUGUACCAGAUUGCAGUGCAGCUAUCGAUAAACGUUCGAGAACUGUUUGUGUGGAAGGAGAAGACCCAAGAUGGCAACAAGUGAAUGGCAGCUUUGCCAGCAUCGAACUCUUCCUUGGCAAACUUGGAUUACAGAUACAGACGGAAGAGACAUACAUUUUCCAUGUUCUUGUUUUGGUGGGCGUCUGUUUUGUUGUACUAUGUCAUUACUAUCUAUAUUUCUGGCGUCAAAUGUUAUGUCCAGUUUUUUAAAGGACCAGGCUUAACACUCUCGUCCAUUCCCAUAGAAAUGACAGAUACAACAGUUUGAGUUCU